GCAGGUCAGAUGAACAUUAAAGCUGUGAUUGGAGAGAACAAGAUUCUACCAUGUAGAGCUGAAAACAGACCCAUCAGAGUGGUAGAGUGGAGGAGGACGGAUAUAAAGGAAGGAAGUAUUCUACGGUACAGACAUGAUGCAGUGGAUACAAGACGCCAGCAUCCAUCUUUUAAGGACAGAGUGAUUUUCCAGGACAUAGAGAUGAAGGAUGGAGACGUGUCUUUGGUUCUCAUUAAUGUGACGAUGAAUGAUGCUGGAACAUAUGAGGCUGAGGUUGUUUAUCAUGGAAAAAACAGAGAGAAGAAUCUCAUCUGCUCCAUCCACCUACAUGUAACUCCUCCUCCUUCAGAUCAAUUGCCAUCCUGGGCCAAAGCUCUGCUGGUUAUCCUGGUUCUAAUUUUCAUUGGUAUUCUUCUCUAUUGUUGUUGUUGUUGCCGUUCAGGCUCAGUCCCACAGGUGGAGGUGAAGGCGGGGGAGGAGUCUGUCCUGCUGCCCUGCAGAACCAGAGAUAACCUGCCUGGAGACGCUAGAGUGCAGUGGAUGUACCAGUGGAACAGGAUGGUCCAUGUGUUUGAGAACGGUUCUGAUCGUCCUGGAGAACAAAACCAGUUCUACAGCAACAGAACCAAGAUGAAUGAAGACCCGCUGAGAACUAGAGACCUCAGUCUGACUCUGAGACACCCAACAGAUGGAGACAGUGGAACCUUCACCUGCAUCGUCUACAGCAACGAGGGAAAGAUCCUGAUGACGAAACUCGUUGAGCUAAAGGUCAAAGUCCAUCAGGUGGAGGUGGAGGAGGGGGCGGAGUCUGUGCUGCUGCCGUUCAAGACAACAUUACCUGAGGAGCUGGGAGAGGUCACAGUGGAGUGGAUAGACGUUGGUAGAAACAGGGUUGUCCAUGUGUAUGACAGGUUCUGAUCAGCCUGAAGAUCCGUCCAAUGAAACCAGAACCAAGAUGAACAACGAUGCUCUGAAAACUGGAGACUUCAGUCUGACCUUGAAAAAUCCAACAAUGGAGGACAGUGGACCGUACAGAUGUAGUGUUGAGAAGGACAACAAACUGCUGAGAGUGAAAACAGUUUAUCUCACAGUCAAAGCAAAAAUAGGUUCAGUCCGGAACCAACUCUGACAGCUGGAGGUCUGAUGUGUUUAAGGUGCAGAGAAACAGUGGGAAUUAUUAACACUGCAGUCAGAACAGCAACAGAUUGAACAUCUGAACCCAGAUGGACCCAGAACUCUGAUCCAGAACCAGCCUGAACCUCCUGAGAAACAACCUCUCCAUCAUUAUUUACCA